GACGUCAGUACAACGACACACGCGGCGGUCUUUUUUCUGAUUCUCCAGUGUGUGGAACGCCGAAGAGUAUACAUUUUCUUUCAGCCAAAUUUGCGACAGAUAUCAUACAGAAACAUGGCUGCGACACAAGCUCCUGUGAGAAAGCGGAUCCUGAAGGAGGAAGAUAUGACUAAAGUGGAAUUUGAGACCAGUGAAGAGGUUGAUGUGACGCCAACCUUCGAUACAAUGGGCCUGCGAGAGGACCUUCUCCGUGGGAUCUACGCUUACGGAUUUGAGAAACCGUCCGCCAUCCAACAGAGGGCCAUCAAACAGAUCAUCAAGGGCAGAGACGUGAUUGCACAGUCACAGUCUGGUACGGGUAAAACAGCCACCUUUUGCGUUUCCGUACUUCAGUGUCUGGACAUCCAGGUGCGAGAAACCCAGGCAUUGAUUUUGGCUCCAACAAGAGAGUUGGCUGGACAGAUCCAAAAGGUGUUGUUGGCUCUGGGUGACUACAUGAAUGUCCAGUGUCACGCCUGCAUCGGAGGGACCAACGUCGGCGAGGACAUCAGGAAGCUGGACUACGGACAGCACGUGGUGGCCGGCACCCCAGGACGUGUCUUCGACAUGAUCAGGCGGAGGAGUCUGAGGACUCGCGCCAUCAAGAUGCUCGUGCUGGACGAGGCCGACGAGAUGCUCAACAAAGGUUUUAAGGAGCAGAUCUACGAUGUGUACCGGUACCUGCCCCCCGCCACCCAGGUGUGCCUCAUCAGCGCCACUCUGCCCCACGAGAUCCUGGAGAUGACCAACAAGUUCAUGACAGACCCCAUCCGCAUCCUGGUCAAACGUGAUGAGUUGACUCUGGAAGGCAUCAAGCAGUUCUUUGUGGCCGUGGAGCGUGAGGAGUGGAAAUUUGACACACUGUGCGACCUCUACGACACACUCACCAUCACACAGGCCGUCAUCUUCUGUAAUACCAAGAGGAAGGUGGACUGGCUGACGGAGAAGAUGAGGGAGGCCAACUUCACCGUGUCCUCCAUGCACGGAGACAUGCCCCAGAAGGAGCGCGAGUCCAUCAUGAAGGAGUUCCGCUCCGGAGCCAGCCGCGUGCUGAUCUCCACAGACGUGUGGGCUCGAGGUCUGGAUGUACCGCAGGUGUCCCUCAUCAUCAACUACGACCUGCCCAACAACAGAGAGUUGUACAUCCAUAGGAUUGGUCGAUCCGGUCGUUACGGCCGUAAGGGUGUGGCCAUCAACUUUGUGAAGAACGACGACAUCCGCAUCCUGCGAGACAUUGAGCAGUACUACUCCACACAGAUAGAUGAGAUGCCCAUGAACGUGGCGGACCUCAUCUAAAUCAGAAGUCACCUGUUCCCCCUUCAUUCCCUGGAAGUUUCUUUAUUUUCCUCUGGAUCCCCAUCCCACCCCACCCUGUCCCAUCGGGCCUCUAAUUUUAUUUUCUCCAGAGUCUGUGUUUUUAUUAUUUACUGCAUUCUCGUCAUUUUAAAAGUAGGUUUCAUUUUGUUUUGCCCUGCUGGAAUUGUUGAUGGAUUUGGGUGGUUUCCCCUUUUUUUUUUCUAUAGGGGCUCAAUGUAAUUUGCGCUUGUUUUGUAAAUAAAGAAAAA